AUGUUGUACCAGGAGCUCAUCAUGCUGAGGCCGGGGCAGUCGGGCCGGCAGGUGGCCCUGAAAAAGACCCAGGAGCUCUCCAAUUCGAAUUGCUGUGACCCCUUCAUGGUGGCUGACUUGGACAAGCUGGUGAGCCGCCACCGGGCCUUCUGCCAGGCCCUGCCUCGGGUCACACCUUUCUACACGGUCAAGUGCAAUAACAGCCCCUGGGUGCUGCGCAUCCUGGCAGCCCUGGGCACCGGCUUCGACUGCGCCAGCCAGGUGGAGCUGGAGCAGGUGCUGGGCCUGGGGGUGUCCCCGACACACAUCAUCUACGCCAAUCCCUGCAAGGCCGUCUCCUCCAUCCAGUAUGCUGCCCACCAUGGGGUACAGCUGCUGACCUUUGACAGCGAGGAGGAGCUGACCAAGGUGGCCCAGUACCACCCCGAGGCCAGGCUGGUCCUCCAGCUGUGGACCCAUGAUACCAGCAGCACCUUCCAGCUGAGUUCCAAGUUUGGGGCCCAACGGCAGAAAUGGGAGCAUCUGUUCCAGUCUGCCAGAGACCUGGGACUGGCUGUGGUGGGGGUCAGCUUCCAUGUGGGCUCAGACUGUCAGAGCGCCCAUGCCUUCACCCAGGCCCUGGAAGACAGCCGGCAUGUGAUCGAAAUGGGCCGCAGGAUGGGGUAUGACAUACGCCUCCUGGACAUCGGAGGGGGUUUCCCCGGAAAGGAGGGCUCAGAGCCUAAGUUUGAGGAGAUAGCGAGUGUGAUCAAUGGCUGCCUGAGCCGAGACUUCCCCGAGCGGGACGGUGUGGCCGUCAUCGCCGAGCCUGGCCGCUUCUACGCCGAGUCUGUGUUCACAGCUGCUGUCAACAUCAUUGCCAAGAAGGCUGAGUUGGAACCAGGUGGCCACCGCAAGUUCAUGUACUACCUCAAUGACGGCCACUAUGGCAGCUUCCGUAUCCUGCUGAGAGAACGCGUCCCCAGGAGACCCAUUGUGGUGAAGGCGGAGCUGUGGACUCCGAUUAUGUCUGUCCAAGAUCAGGUCCCGUAG